AUGCCACCAGUCCCUUCUAUUACGAUUGGCACCGCCUGCGUGUGGCCGGGCUGGUGGUGGCCGCUGUCCUCUGCGUGGUUGGCAUCAUCGUCCUCCUCAGUG